CCGGAGCGGCUGAGGGAGCGCGAGCGGCGCGGGGGGGCCCUGUCGGCGACAGCGGCGACAGCAGCGGCGACAGCGACAGCGGCGGGUCCCAGCGCCUCGCGGCCCAGCGUUAUCCCGCUCCCCUCGGCGCCGGGCGGCCCCGGCCCGCGGCGGCGGCGGCGCUGACAGCCCGCCCGGAGCCCCGGGGGCGGCCGCGGCCACCAUGUCGUCCCCCAGCCCGGGCAAGAGGCGGAUGGACACCGACGUGGUCAAGCUGAUCGAGAGCAAACACGAAGUCACAAUCUUAGGAGGACUCAACGAAUUUGUUGUGAAGUUUUAUGGACCACAAGGAACACCCUAUGAAGGUGGAGUAUGGAAAGUUAGAGUCGACCUUCCUGACAAAUACCCCUUCAAAUCCCCAUCUAUAGGAUUCAUGAAUAAAAUCUUCCAUCCCAACAUUGAUGAAGCGUCAGGAACUGUGUGUCUAGAUGUAAUCAAUCAAACUUGGACAGCUCUCUACGAUCUCACCAAUAUUUUUGAGUCGUUCCUGCCCCAGCUGCUGGCCUACCCCAACCCCAUCGACCCUCUCAAUGGGGACGCUGCAGCCAUGUACCUCCACCGACCAGAAGAGUACAAACAGAAAAUUAAAGAAUACAUCCAGAAAUAUGCAACAGAAGAAGCACUAAAAGAACAGGAAGAAGGCACCGGGGACAGCUCAUCUGAGAGCUCCAUGUCUGACUUCUCUGAAGAUGAGGCUCAGGACAUGGAGUUGUAGUAGAGGAGGCCACCUGCUUUUCAGAGAGACUCUAAUUUCCUAACCAUGAGAAGCAGACUAUAAUAUUCAUAUUUAAACAAAGCAAUUUUUUUUAUUACUAAACAAGGUUUUUAUGAAUUCUAGCAUUGAGCUCUAUAUAUAUAUUUAUAUAUAUGUGUAUUUAUAUAUAAAUAUAUAUAUAUAUCUGUCACCCUUUAGGUCUUGAUUUUCUCGGUCAUGUCCCGGUUCCCGAGGUGCAUUAGAGCAUUCCCAACAUUCCAUUCUGGUAGCAAUAUGCAGGAUGCAUGCAUUGAGAUUUUCCAUUUGGCCAAGUCAGCUUUGGUGUGCUACCAAAAGGCUGCCCUGGGAGGGAGGGAAUGAGCAAAAAAACCCCAAAAUCCAAACAAAAGGUAAAAAAAGGAAGAGGGAUUUGCUGUCGGAUCGAGGCUCCCACCUGAGAUGUUGGUGUUUCCUCCAGGUGGAAAUCCUUGGGGCUGUAGGGACACAAGGGGCUGCUCCAGGUUGUGUUUAGGAAAUAAAAAAGAGAUUUCUCUCCAGGGAAGCCCAGUGCAGGGCGUGGAGCUGGGGGAGCUCUGCAGGACUCGCUGGGAUUUCAGCCCUGCUGCUGCUGGACUCCUCGCUGCCCUGGGCCAUCCUGGGGCCUCUGGAGAAGCUCUGGAUGUUCCCUGCUCUGCUCGAGGAGCUGCUCCCUGCCUGGGAGGGAAGAAGCCCCUGGAUGAGGAUGCUCCUGGAGCUGGGGUGCAGCUCCUCCUCUGCCCCUCUUCGGACCCCGCUGCCCUGCCACGGCUCCCAGCUGGCUUUGUCAUUUUUGGGGUUUUUCUUUCUUUCUUUUGCCCCCUCCCUCUUUUGCUGGAAAUGUUCAGACACCUGACAGAGGCUGGCUGUGACCUGGGAGUUCUCCUCUGACCAGAUGGAUUGGCCUUGCCAGAGCUUCAGCUCCACGGAAUUGUCCCCUUGGCCCGAGUCCACGAAUCCAUCAGCACCCAUCUUGAUUUUCCUUUUUGGGUUUUUUUUUUUUUUCCUUUUUAAAUCUUUCUUUCCUCCCCCUUCUGCACCAGCUUGGUUCCCAUCUGCUUGUGUGUGUACAACAGGAUAAAAAUUCCUUAAGAGUUAACAAAGAAAAUUAUCUAGGAAGAAAAAAAACAACCACAAAAUUUGAGCUGAAUAAAAAAAAAAAAAAAGCCUAAAAAGCACCAAUUGAGGAAGCAAAUGAAUUCACUCUUUGGUUUUUUGUUGGUUGGUUUUUUUGGUUUUUUGGGUUUUUUUCCAGGAUGUUUGGGAAUUGGAAUAUUGGAUUUCUCCUGGUGUCUUGCAGCAAACUGAGAGAUUUUUUUUUGUUUGUAUUUUGGUUUUUUUUUUUUUGCUGUUGUUCCUAGAAAUCUGAUAAGGAAAUGUCUCCUUGGGAUACUUGAAUUGGGAUAAUUGUGCAUCGGAGAUUGAAACUGAGAUGGAUUUUUAAAGCUGAAUGUUACCUGCUGUUUUCUUUUGGGGAUUUUUGGAGGGGUUUGGACAAGAUCUUUUCAUUUGUGAUGCGACCUGCAGGAAAAAAUCAACCCACCCUGAGCGACUCUGGAGCAGAGUUGUGAAUGUCAGACUGGUACAUUGGUCAUUUCCCCAGAAUUCUUGGGCUUUGUUUCCUUUUCCUUUCCAGCUCCACCGAGCUGGGGCUGGCAGAGUCCAACCCCACCUCUGAUUCAUAAAGCACAAUCAGUUUCUUUCACUUCUGUUGCUUUUGGGGGAGAAAACAAAAAAAAACUCCAUCAAGUCCCACUUGGCUUUGGCAUGAAUUUCCUUAAUAAAAAAACCUACCAUGAA